AUGGUCGUCCACAACCUUGCAGAGUAUGUAGCCUACCACCAAGCCAAGCUGCGAGAGGAGCAAGCUGGAAGUGCUCCCAAACCUGCCAAAAAGUACGGUGUUAACCCCAUCCACAGCAAAUCCUCCUACAACACCUCCAUCUUGCAGGCCCCCGCCGACAGGCUCGUCGUCCUCGACUGCUUUGCCACCUGGUGCGGUCCCUGCAAGGUCAUUGCCCCCGAAGUCGCCAAGUUCUCCGAGUCGGACGCAUACAAGGAUAGAGUUGAUUUCUACAAGGUCGACGUCGACGAAGUCCCCGACGUCGCUCAGGAACUCGGCGUCCGCGCCAUGCCUACUUUCAUGAUCUUCAAGAACGGCGAGAAGGUCGACGAGGUCGUCGGUGCUAACAAGAACGCCCUCGAGGCAGCGAUACGGAAGCACUUGUAA